AUGCCACCCAUUGACGUAUACAGAACGGUCUCCAGGCUCAGGUCCGCUAUAUCAUGUCCUAGCCAUGAAGUCGACCAGAAUCUCUCCUUCUCCUCCUAUGCCAAGCUCUACGGCAUGCUCUUUCACCAGCUAUCUAGCUACGACCCUGUUCGGGUUUGCCGCAAUUUUGUGGACCGCAAGUGUCCAAAUACUGCUAGCUGGAUCUCAAACAACGUCACCUUCAAGGAGUGGUUAUCGCAGGACGGACACCCCUGCCUGUGGCUUACAGGGAAGAUUGGCUGUGGGAAGACAUUUGUCACAAGGUCGAUCAUUCAAAAACUUGAAACUUCUCAACAACAAUCCACCACAUUGGUUGCUCAUUUCUUCUAUAGUCACACUGAUCGCACGCGCUUGAAAGCAAUCGACGUAUUUGAGAGCUACACGAAGCAAAUACUCGGAUAUUUGGCUCGCUCGAAAGAUCGAUGCCCUGAACAAAUAGUCACCAGCCUCAAGCGACUCUAUGGCCCCAGUAAAUGGCCUUUAUCACUAGCAGAAAUGGUACAAGAUGUAUUCUUUCCUGUUUGCCGGUUGGCUCCAAAUGCAAUUUUCAUUGUGGACGCCCUCGAUGAAUGCGAACGGCACGAUGCAAUACAAGUUCUCGACAUAUUUCGAGUCAUGACAUCUGAAAUGGAGACGAGAAUUUUGAUUUCAGGCCGCGAGGGGCUAGAGGUCGCCCAGCUAGUCUCAGCAACGAGCACCAUAAUAAUCGCCAAUCACGGCAAUGGGAGCGAUAUCCUCAGAUUCAUAGAUUGGAGAAUGGAGGAGAACAUGCGACAUCUGACCUUAAGUGAUGAUCCAAAUUUACUCCGAGAAAUUCGGCAAAGACUUGCCAAGAGGGCAGAUGAAAUGUUUCUAUGGGUCAGCUUGCAGCUGGAUAUGAUGUGGGAGGAGUGCUAUACCGACUUUGAUAUCAGGAGAAGCCUUGAGAACCUACCAAAGGACCUAAGCGAGACCUACAGACGUUGCAUCGAUCGAAUCAACCAGAGACAUAGCGGAUUGGCUUACAAGAUGCUGUUUUGGGUCUGUGUUGCUACGAAGCCGUUUACCAUGCCCCAGAUGCAGGAGGCACUUGCCAUGGACCACAAAACUGGGCUGUCUGAACCAGAGAACUCAAUGCCGGCCAGAGAGGUCCUCAAACUGUGCUCACAUCUAGUCAUCCAAGAUACAGAUGGCAAACUCCGACCCACCCAUUACUCGGUUAAUCAAUUUUUGGAAGAAGCCUCAGGAACAACAAACACUACUUCCUGGGCUGAUCGAACUUUGGCCACAGCCAAGGUAGAACUUGGACAGCUCUGUGUUGUUCAUCUUCUUUCGCCAAUAUACCAGCGGGCUGUGCAGCGUUACCAAAAGGCUGACGACCUAACUGAUGGACGAGGUGUCCUGGGUACUAUACAGAAGCACGUAUCAUAUGCUUGGCUACUAAGGCCGAGUUCAUCAAGGUCCAAGCUAUUGAAAAUCCCUUGGCCACCAAAUGUCCAGUCUACCACAACUGUGAUGAAGCCUCCAAAGUUCUUUUCUUUCGCAAGGGACAACUGGGCGCCAUUGAUGGAUUGGAUAGACAACACAUCAAAGUUUUACGACAAGUUCAGAGCAAUUGCGCUUGAAAACAGCUUCACUUGGAGGGUUCAUCCGUGGGAGUCAAUUGGUGAUUCCUUCGGUUCUCACAUGGUUGGUUUGCCCGGCUGGGCUAUUGCACACAAACAUUCCCCUCUCUUUGAACUUAUGCGCGACCCUGCUAGCCCAAAGUUGCGAAGGGAUGUAUUCAACAUCCCCCUGUAUCAUUACAACAACGUGCCAUUGCUACACCUCGCGGCAAGAACGGAUUUUAUUACAGCGGUUGAAGAAUUGGUUCGUCUCUCAAAGCCUCGUUUGUUGGAUCACAAAAAAAGGCUCGCCAUCCACCAUGCAGCUGAGGCAGGCUCUGUCAUGGCAAUGAACGUAUUGCUACAAAGUAUGGAGCCUUACAUCAACGUCCAAGACAAUGACGGUCAUUCUCCGCUGCACCUUGCCGCCUGCAGCAAUUGCUACGCCAUAGUUGACGCGCUUUUGAAUUGCAGUGAGAUACGCAUAAAUCCACUGGACAUCCAUCGAAGAACACCGUUGUUUUACGCUCUUGAAAAUUCAGGUACCGCCGUGGUGGAGGCCUUGCUCUAUAGGGAAGCACAUGUGAACUCAAGGGACGCCGCUGGGCGGACUCCAGUAUUUGUUGCAGCUGCAAAACUAAACGACCGAGCUUUGGAGCUACUAGUCGAGCAGGGGGCUGAUGUGCACGCCUUAGAUAAAGACGGAUACCAGCCGAUGCACUUCGCUGUGUCAUCCUGUCUACAGCUCGGCAGUCACGAGAUUGGUCGUGGGAGGACGACGGCUGCUUUGAUCAAGUCAAUCAAGGAUGUCAAUAACUCAGCGCUGAAAUGUCUUCUACAGGUCGGUGCGAAUCCCGAUGGGGACAAAUACACACACGAGGUUCCCAUCAUAGGGGCGGUGCAAAUCGGGAAUUGCGACGCCGUGGACCUUCUCACCAAGGCAGGGGGCGCAAUAGACACUUAUAAUGACGCGCUCAACCAUACACCGCUAUCACUAGCUUACCACCUUGGGCAUCAUGAUAUCAUCGAGACUCUGAGAAGACGAGGGGCAACUAUGGAGUACAGGUUGAUCCUCCAAGCGGUGCGGCUCGGGCAAUUGGACGUUGUCAGGUUACUGGUUGAUGAGACUACAGAAGCUGUCACAUUGGCCUGCUUCCAGCACCAUCCAGAGGUUAUUACAUCACUUUUUAGAGAGUGUCGUGUGCGCCCCGACAUUAUUGUCUCAACUUUGCUGAACCACAACGAGACCUUGGCUAAGUGCAUUCUGAAAAGACUCAGCAAGUCCGAUUACCAGUCACCUCCGCUUCUACUUGCUAUUGCCGCUGGGUCUGGCGCCGUUCAAGUCGUACACAGCCUACUAAACACUAUUGCAGUGCCCGACUCCACAGCAUUGGUGGCAGCGAUAUCCAUGAGAUUUGUACCAACUAUCCAGGUGCUCUUACAGAGGGGUGCACCCAUUGGCUUGCGGGCUCUGGAGUGCGCGCUGGAAAGUGGGCUUAUCGAAGUUGCCGCAGCGCUGGUCAAUUUCGGGGCCGCUCCUGAACAAGUCUAUUUCGACCCACCGGAACGGGGUCAUGCUCGGAAGGACACGAUAGACGAGACAAGAGGGAAGUACGCUCUACAGAAACGUUGA